UGAUUGGGAUACAGAUUUUAGUUUAGGAGGACGAGAAAAACAUCCUGCUGAUGAUGAAAUAGCCAAAUGGUCUUUAAAUUCACUUUUCAUUUCUUCUUUGGAAAUGCCUGUAUAUUUUGAUUCAGAGUUUACUGUAACAGGAUUACGUUGA